AACACGAACUCCCCCCGAAACCAAAACCAAAACCAAAAAGCAUCCGCAUCCGAGCAGCAGGGGGGGGGGGAAUCUGAGGGAGGGGGAACCGGAGCGAGGAGAAGCGGAUGAUGGAUGAUGAUGCGGGGAGGAGGAAGAAGAAGUGGGUGGCGUGGGCGGCGGCGGCGGCCAUCUUCGUGGUGCUCAUGCUCGUCACGCCCGCCAUCCCGCAGGACGAGGACUACCACGACUUCGCCGACCAGCGCGACCUCUUCCUCGGGAUCCCUAAUACGUUGAAUGUGGUCUCAAACAUCCCCUUCUUUUUCGUCGGUGUCGUGGGACUCAUCUUGUGCCAUUACAAAAACUACUUUAGGCUAUGCUCACAGGGGGAGCUCUGGAGUUGGACACUCUUCUUUGCUGGUGUCACGGCCGUCGGUUUUGGAUCAUCCUAUUACCAUCUCAACCCGAACAACGCCACACUAGUUUGGGACAGGUUGCCGAUGACGAUUGCUUUCACAUCUAUCAUGGCCAUUUUUAUUAUUGAAAGGGUUGAUGAUAGGGCAGGAACAAAGUCCCUUGCACCCCUUGUUUUUGCUGGUGCACUGAGCAUCCUUUACUGGAGGUUCUUUGAUGAUCUUCGCCCAUAUGCAGUAAUUCAGUUUGUUCCAUGCAUUGCAAUACCUGUGAUGGCGAUUGUUAUUCCACCGAUGUAUACGCAUUCAAGCUACUGGUUGUGGGCAGCAGGAUUUUACCUCCUUGCCAAAGUAGAAGAGGCUGCAGACAAACCUAUUUAUAGGUGGACCCAUCAGAUUGUUAGUGGUCAUACUCUUAAGCAUCUAUGCGCUGCGAUGGUACCUGUUUUCUUGACUCUCAUGCUCGCAAAAAGGACAAUUGAACCAGAAAGAGUAAGUUUACUCCAGAUGUGGAAGAUCAGUUGGGUUAGCAUGAGAGCGCGCCGUUCCAGAGAUAGCAAUACCGUGGACGUCAACUACGAUUAUGCCGCAGUUUCAACUACACCUGAGCAGUAGUAGAUACUAUACUAUGUAUAAUACUCUUGUUGCAAGGAAUAAAAAUUGAGCAUCGAUCUGAAUAUCGGGAGCUCCCGUCCUGAUGGUUGGGUGUUGUCGCUGCCAAAGGAAGCCUGAUGAUGUAAAUAAAUAAAUGAACCUUCAACAUAUGAACUUGUACUAAUUGACAAGUGAGUAAAAAUUGCCUUGAUGAAAA